UGUGCUGUCCUAUCACGGCUUGUUCCUGCUGGUUGUCAUUGAUGUAUCUAUUCCGGGACAAACACAGAGGCGGAUAAUGAAUGAAAACAGGAAAACAGACAGAAGAUAAACCGGAGAGCCAGCAGAGACGCGGAAGUAGGUGAGGUGUGUUUGAAAACCCUCUCUGCAAUGUCAUCAUUACAUCGCACCAAAGGAGUGCAACAGCUCACCUCAGUGACGCACAGCUGGUUUUAGAGGCAGAACUACAGAGAUAAUUAAAAGCGAGAGAGAGGGAGGGACUUCAGAAGUAAGUAAACCAAACUCAGGAUAACACGUCAAUACAGACGAGAGUAACAGACAAAGAGGCACUGGAAAGUUUGGUAAAGUUAAAGAGGUGAAGAGCAUGCACCCGGGGCUGUAGAGGGAGAUUAGUGAGCGGGGCAUGAAUGACAAUAAGAGAGAAAGGGAGGACAGAGAGAGAGAAAGAGAGGGAGCCUGAGGAGGACUUUCCCCCCCUGGAAUCUAGUUUUACUUCCACUGUUGUAACUUUGCCUGCCCCAGUCACACCGGCAGACAGCAGAGGGACCAGUCACAGGUGAAACACACUUUGAGUCCAUUCUAAAAAAAAAAGAGAGACUGUGUGUGUGUGUAUGUGUGUGUGUGUGUGUGUGUAUUAGACAGUGUUUAAAAAGAUGACCAAAAGGUCUACAUCUAGUCAAAAAGAUGGAGGAGUCUCAGCAAACGGACACAAAGUUUCCCAAAACGGGAGACAGUCAGAUCCCAGCGGGCAACUCCUGGAGAAGGACGAUAAAAAGGUGGGACUGGGGAAGAAGGUGACCCUUCUCCGAGGGAUCUCAGUCAUCAUCGGGACCAUCAUCGGAGCGGGCAUCUUCAUCUCUCCAAAGGGAAUCCUUAAGAACUCGGGCAGUGUGGGAAUGUCUUUGAUAGUGUGGAUCGCUUGCGGUGUGCUGUCGCUCUUCGGAGCCCUGUCUUACGCUGAGCUGGGGACUUGUAUUAAGAAGUCUGGUGGACACUACACAUAUAUACUGGAAGCUUUUGGACCACAGAUGGCUUUCAUAAGACUAUGGGCUGACCUCAUUGCUAUAAGGCCUGCAGCAAUGGCAGUCAUCUCUCUGGCCUUUGGUCAGUACAUCCUGGAGCCUCUGUUCAUGCCCUGUGAUAUUCCCCCUAUCGCUGUCAAACUGGCCACCGCCAUCGGCAUCACUUCUGUUAUGUACCUGAACAGUAUGAGUGUGACGUGGACAGCCAGGAUUCAAAUCUUUCUCACCUUCAGCAAGCUUCUGGCCAUUGGCAUCAUCAUAGUGCCUGGAAUGUAUCAGCUCUUCAAAGGGGAGACCAGACAUUUUCAGAAUGCCUUUGAUCUGAACAAUGUAAAGCUGUCUGGUAUGCCACUGGCCUUCUACUCUGGGAUGUAUGCAUACGCUGGGUGGUUUUACCUGAACUUUGUGACAGAGGAGGUAGAAAACCCUGAGAGGACUGUGCCAUUAGCUAUCUGCAUCUCCAUGGUGAUUGUGACUUCCUGCUAUGUUCUGACCAAUGUGGCGUACUACACCGUGAUGUCAGCUGAGGAGCUCCUGGCCUCAGAGGCUGUCGCUGUGACUUUUGCAGACAAGCUGUUGGGGAAUUUUUCAAUAGCAGUGCCUGUGUUUGUGGCCUUGUCCUGCUACGGCUCCAUGAAUGGCUGCCUGUUUGCCUUGUCAAGGAUGUUCUUUGUGGCAUCACGUGAAGGACAACUCCCCGAGGUUUUGUCCAUGAUCCACGUCCGCAGACACACUCCACUGGCUGCUGUCCUCAUACUGUACCCAAUGACCAUGCUCCAGCUGUUUGUGGGAGAUAUCUACAGCCUGUUGAACUUCAUGAGCUUCCUGCGGUGGCUGUUCAUCGGUGUGGUAGUACUGGGUUUGAUCUACCUCCGAUACACCCAGCCUGACCUCCCCCGCCCCUUUAAGGUACCGCUCUUCAUCCCAGUGGUGUUUUGUCUCACAUGCUUCUUCAUGGUCUUCCUGUCUCUGUACUCGGACCCAGUCAACACAGGGAUUGGAUUUGCCAUUUCCCUUACUGGCAUCCCCGCCUACUAUAUCUUCAUUUACUUCGACCACAGACCAAAGUGGCUUCAGAGGGCUUUAGAUUCCUUCAACAGAACCUUACAGAUCCUCCUGGAGGUCGUUCCUGCUGAGCAGUAAUGGUCCCCUACUGACGCUCCUAAACUUAUUAUGUUUUUGUCUGCUGAUAUCUGGAAACAGAACUGGAAACGGUGUGAAAUUCUUGUUUUUACUCUUUGGUAACAUUUCUGUGAAUGAAACUCACCCACAAACAGAAGCUGAACACGAAGCCUUACAUUUUAGAGGCAUUGAUUAAGCUAACGAUCACAUCUCAUGAACGUUCAUCUCCUCAUAAACAGGUGACAUUCAUCAGUUGAAUCCAACUUGGAGUACUUUUAUGAGCAAACCUCACAGAAAAAAGUCAGAGGGUUUUAGGAUAAGAAUAUGAAAAUGUUCUUGCAUGAGACUGUCUGGAUGAAUGUGGUUUAUUAUAGAGUAUGACACUGAUUGUUUUUAGAGAGACUUGUCCCGAGUUACCACUGUUUUCUUGAAUUAUAAGCUACUACAAACUCAAAGGUGCACCAGUCACAGAAAGAUGUUAAAUAAGCAUCAUGUCUUAAAUUUGAAAUGUCAUGCCUUAUCAAUAAAAACUAAGCAAAAAAAUUUGCAAAUUCCCAG